UAUUUUCACUCCACUGAACCUCUACGGAGUAAUUACUGGCUCCGCAGCCAACAGAGGGAACACACGCUCUGCUACACAGAAACAAAAUACGGUUUCGACAAACUAGUAGAAGAGUUUGGCGUGGAAUUGUGCAGUUUAAACCUGGUAAAGUGCGUGAAAGGACUCUAAUGGACUGCUAGGAAACACACUGAAAGAAAUGGCAGGAAGCACCUGAAACCUGUUGCUCUGAGCACUAAUGCGAAAGGUGAUUUAUUUAUUUUUUUAUAUUAUCCACCCUUAUUAUACUUUAAAAAACGAAUUUAUUUUUGGAUGUUAGGUAUCUAUCUCUUAAUUUUUUCUCGAUUUUUCGGCGUCUUUUUUUGUUGUGAAUCCGCCGGAUUGCAUUCAUCGGAUACAUUCACCUGCCAUGUGGAAUUUAAAGCAGAUCAGAAAGGAAACCGACGCUUAAAAUGUUACUUUGCCACAAUGUAUCCGCGGGAAAUGAACUUUCGACCUUAACACAGUUUACUCGGUGAAUGAUUGACCGUUUAGUCCACGGAUGCGCGUGCUUUUCCAUGCCCGUGUUUAGGACCAUGGUCUGUAUGAAAUGCACUCACACAGUUGGAAGAAAGUGCGCUCGGGAUCUGGAAUGAAACUUCACUGUGAUUUACAACCUUGCGGACUGUGGACAUGCUGCUGGAGCAAUUAAGGUUUCCUUUUGGGAUUUCGUCUUUCCGAAACGCAGCCAUAAAUUGAAAGAAAAAAGAAAAGAAAAAAAAGGAAGGAAGGGGAAAACCUGAGCUGAGAAAAUACUCAAGAACUGAAAUUCAUAGUUUUCCAGUAUGGGGAAACCGGCAGAUAAGUAUCAUUUCACCAUGGAGACCUCAGGGAUGCACCUGGUCGGAUUUUGGCUUCACGUUCUGCUGCUGUUGCAACUGUCUCAGCUUGGCGAUGCCGCCUCUAAGGAUAUAGUGUGCGAGCCCAUCACUGUACCGAUGUGCAAAGGGAUUGGAUACAAUCACACCUACAUGCCCAACCAGUUCAAUCAUGACACCCAGGAUGAAGUUGGCUUGGAAGUGCACCAGUUUUGGCCACUUGUCCGUAUCCGUUGCUCCCCGGACUUGCUUUUCUUCCUGUGCAGUAUGUACACCCCAAUAUGUCUUCAGGACUACAAAAAGCCUCUGCCACCGUGCAGGUCUGUGUGCGAGAGGGCUAAGAGGGGUUGCUCCCCCCUCAUGAUCCAGUAUGGGUUUGAGUGGCCGGAGCGGAUGAGUUGCGAGCAGCUGCCUAUGCUGGGUGACACCGAUCGGCUUUGUAUGGACAUGAACAGCAGUGAGACCACAACUCUAUCACCUCCUUUCCCCAAACCCACUCCCAAAGGAACACCAAGACAUAGAGCCACUGCAAAAUCUUCUCUGCCGCAGAAGUGUGACCAUGAGUGUCAUUGUCGAAACCCCUUAGUGGCAAUUAAGCAGGAUGCACAUCCUCUUCAUAACCGGGUACAUACCAGCUCUCUACCCAAUUGCGCUAUGCCUUGCCACCAGCCCUACUUUUCACUGGAUGAGCGUGCCUUCACAACCUUCUGGAUUGGCCUUUGGUCGGUGCUGUGCUUUGUCUCAACACUCACCACCGUGGCCACUUUCCUCAUAGACAUGGAGCGUUUCAAAUAUCCAGAGCGGCCGAUUAUCUUCCUGGCUGCUUGUUAUCUGUUUGUGUCGCUGGGGUACAUCGUGCGACUGCUUGCGGGCCAUGAGCGGGUAGCUUGCGAGGGCUCCGGCAACCAACAGCACAUCCUCUAUGACACCACGGGUCCAGCCCUUUGCACCCUAGUUUUCCUGCUCAUAUAUUUUUUUGGAAUGGCCAGCUCCAUCUGGUGGGUGGUGCUUUCCUUCACCUGGUUCCUGGCGGCAGGAAUGAAAUGGGGGAACGAGGCCAUCGCGGGUUACUCGCAGUACUUCCACCUUGCUGCUUGGCUCGUCCCUAGUGUCAAGUCCAUCGCUGUUCUGGCUUUGAGUUCGGUGGAUGGUGACCCCGUGGCUGGGAUCUGUUACGUCGGCAACCAGAGUUUGGAGAGCCUACGUGGCUUUGUAUUGGCACCACUGGUCGUAUACCUCUUCACUGGCUCCCUCUUCCUUCUGGCCGGAUUCGUUUCACUCUUCCGGAUCCGUAGCGUUAUUAAACAGGGCGGCACUAAGACGGACAAGCUGGAGAAGUUAAUGAUCCGGAUUGGGCUCUUCACCGUCCUUUACACCGUGCCCGCAACUAUUGUGGUGGCUUGCCUGGUGUAUGAGCAACAUUACAGGCCAGGUUGGGAGCGGGCACUUGCCUGUUCUUGCCCGUCCGAGCGCCAGCAGCUCGGCGUGGGGCCGGACUACGCUGUCUUCAUGCUGAAAUACUUCAUGUGUCUUGUAGUAGGCAUUACCUCAGGUGUUUGGAUCUGGUCCGGGAAGACUCUGGAGUCCUGGAGACGCUUUGUGGCGCGGUACCUCCCCUGUAGGACACAGAAGCCACCUGUAUCAGGUUCGUCCAUGUACAGCGAGGCCAGCACCGCUCUCACAGCCCGAGCCGGAACGGCACCCACUGGGACCUAUCACAAAUCAGCACCUUCAUCACAUGUCUGAGCAUUGGCCCAGAAAGCCCUUGUCCUUUAUAAACCCUACAGCUGUCAAAUGAGUGACGUAUGAAGUGUGCAGGUCAUGACUCUGAAUGAGCAGGUGUAUAUUCGACCAACAUCACUGGAUAGGAUGGACGGAACAAAUACAUUAUGAAGGAUUUCAACAGACUAUUGGUUGUUUCAUUGUAGUCAAGCUCUUCUCAUUCACUGGUCCAAUUUGCAAAGCAAUGAACAUGCUGAUACUUUGUGAGGAAAAGAUUA